AAUAUGUGCCUUGCUAAUUACGAAAAGCUUUCGAUCCAGUUUUUAUUUUUCUUACAUUCGGGUGGUUGGCCACUAGCUGGAGUUGUGUUAUUUGCUCAAACGUUCCUGAUAGAAAGAGCAGUUUGAAUUCUUUGGGCCUCGUCUGUUUAGUUCAGUCUUCAAUCUCUUCGGGCGCAUGAAAGUGGACACACACAUACCCUCCCAAAGGCCGUUUUUUCAGGACUCGGCGCCCCUUGCUGAGCUGGUGGGGAUCAUUGUUUCGCUCCAGCAUUAAGCGCAUUCCAGCGCGCCGCAGCGCACCCAGUCUACCUCCACGCAUUCCUUCGACACGAACGAGUCCCGUGCGCUUCCUUUUAUUCAAACCUUUCUGGUCUCGUUUCGCUCGAAUAGCUCCCUCGCCGUCGCGAAACUCUCAACAAAAGAAAUUACGGAGCUUGGAUUUUCGAAAACAAUGUUUUUUUUCCCAAGGAUUGUGAGAAAACUCAAGAGAGAAAAUUCCUCCGCGCAGCGCGCCAUUGACUGUAAAGACCUUUCAACUUAACAAAAACUGAAAUUGACAAACGUCUCUUGUGUGGAAACUUUGUCAAACGAGUGUAUCGCAACAGUUUUGGAAGGCGGGGAUCAUGUAUUGUGAAGAAAACUCCGACCGAAGCCUAACUGAUCACCAGUAGGAAGCGAUGGCGUUUUGUUGGGAUUUCCAUUUGAAACACACUUUCUGCCGUCUCCCGUGCUGCUGGACUUGGCUCGCCGACUAAAGUGCGCUCUCGCUCCGUCUCUCAACUUGUUCUGCGGUCUCGGCGGCCAAACAUGGAUCGUUACGAAGCGGAUUUGGGACACAAGGCAAGCAAGUUGAUGGAAAAUCUCUCGAUUUAUGAUGCUUAUCAAGACGGCGUGUACGGCAGAAGAGGGGAGCUCGAUGCCGAGGUGGGCUUCUCGUCCGCCGUGCUACCUGGACAGAAAAGUACGCGAAUGAAUGGCACCUCGGCGCCACAGCAGCAGCACCACACUGUGGAGAACUAUACGCCGGGAAACAAAGUCUAUAGCGCGGCUUCCGUGCGCUCCGUGAACGGGAACCGAGCAGUGCCUUUAGACUUCUGCUCCCCUCAACGAGACGCAGUUUACACGGACGACGGCUAUUGCACCAAAUCUGAAGUUGCGCUGCCGUGUUAUAGCGGCGCGUCAGACAAGCAUCGGCGGUACUCGCAGGAGUCGCAGGGGCAUCGGUACAGCACCGGCUGCGCUUACGACGGGCUGGUGUGGGCAAAGCAGGCGGCCACAUCUGGGAUCCGGAGCAACAGCAUGUGUCUGGGGAUGAACCCCGACGGCAGGUACACGGCAGCGAGCCCUCGCUCCAGUCUGGCGUCGUCCCACUCGUCUCAGGAGCAGAGCAAGCACGCCAGCCCUCGAUCGAGCGUGAUCAGCCCGCGGACCAGCCUCGUCGCUCCGGCUCAAGAGAAAUACACGAGUCCUCGCUCGAGUCUUGUGCAGUGCGAAGGAAGCACCGCGUUCAGCCCGCGGUCUAGCUACGCGAGCACGGCCAGCGACACCAGUAAGCAUUCCAGCCCAAGGGCCAGUCUCAACAGUUACGACUGCGGGAGCAAACCCAGUAGCAACCGCACCAGUGGCAUUAGUAUGGGCUACGAUCAACGGCACGUCAGCCCCCGCUCCAGUACCGCCAGUCAGUACUCGAGCACCGCGAGUCCGCGCUCUAGUUUUUCGGAGUCCCGCUACGUGCCCGCAGGUAAUCCGGAUCCGGAGAACGUCGCAGGGCACGGCAUGGCCGUGGCCAGCCCUCGUACCAGCAUCUGCAGCCAGGACGGGAACGGCCGACCGGCUGCCGUGGCGAACUGUGCGGUCAGCCCCCGGUCUAGCAUCUCGAGCCACAGCUCCAGAAGCUCGCGGAGUUCCCGGGGAUCCAUGAGCACUUACCCGGAGAUUCAGCUCCCUUCGCCCCGGUCGUCGGUACUAGGACCCGGCCUAUUAGAAGACACGCUACUUCAAGACUUCGGUGAGACAAACGCUCCCCACCGCCUGCAUCUGCAGGCGUACUCCGUGCUAGAAGAGACGCAAGCGCACCAGUCGUCCACCCAGCACGGAGCGGACGCCGAUGUUAACACUGGCAUACAAGCAGUCGACAGCUAUGGCGUCUCCGCGAAAACGGUCGCCCAGGGCCAGAAGUUUAAGAUGCCCUGCCAGAUUACCCCUUCCCGUGACAGUGGGCCGAGCCAGGCGGAGAGACGGCUGGAAGCUUUGACCUUGGAGCUGGAGAGAGAGCUGGAGAUGCACAUGAAAAAGGAAUAUUUUGGGAUCUGUGUAAAGUGCGGGAAAGGCGUGUAUGGAGCAAGUCAAGCAUGUCAGGCCAUGGGGAAUCUGUACCAUACAAACUGCUUCACCUGCUGCUCCUGUGGACGGAGACUGAGAGGGAAGGCGUUCUACAAUGUGAAUGGCAAGGUCUACUGUGAAGAAGACUUCCUGUAUUCUGGCUUCCAGCAGACGGCAGAGAAGUGUUUUGUGUGUGGACACCUCAUCAUGGAGAUGAUCCUCCAGGCUCUGGGGAAGUCCUAUCACCCAGGCUGUUUCUACUGUGUUGUCUGUAAGGAAGGUCUGGACGGUGUCCCCUUCACUGUGGACGUGGACAACAACAUCUACUGUGUUAAAGACUACCACACAGUCUUUGCCCCAAAGUGUGCUUCAUGUGGUCAGCCCAUCCUGCCUGCUGAGGGCUCGGAGGAGACCAUACGUGUAGUGUCCAUGGACAAAGAUUACCACGUGGAGUGCUACCACUGUGAGGACUGUGGCCUACAGUUGACUGAUGAAGACGGCCAUCGCUGUUACCCGCUGGACAGACACCUGCUCUGUCACGGGUGUCACCUCCACAGACUGAAGGCCCCUGGCCCUGGCCCCCCGCCGCCCGGCUACCCGCUCCACGUCACAGAGCUGUGAAUAUACACACAACCACACACACCUGGAGGCUUUGGUAGUGGAAGGGGUGUGUGUGUGUCUGUGUGUGUGCAAACACCUGACCAGCAUAGGACACGCAGGACUCUCACCCAGAAGGAGUCAAGGGUGACUGCACCAAGCGUCUACCCUCUAAACCGAGCGUGCGAGCGUGUGAGCUCGCGAGCCCCACGCGGUGAAGACCUCCCCUGCCCCACACUCCCUGUGCACCUCCACUCUGCGGCCGAUUGCUCCCUCCCCCACCUUCAUCCUCCUCUUCAGCACCAACCCCCCGACACAAUGUCACCGGCUUGACCUGUGACCUCUGACCCCCUGACCCUUAUGGACCAGCCCCAGAGAGCCAGAGGCCGCCCUUCUGGUUGACCUUUAAGCCGGCCAGCUGAUGUGCUCUGGGGCAGGACUAAGGGACAGACCGUGACAGAGCAGCGUGUGUGAGAGAGAGACAGGGGCAUCCCACGCCGUGGACGUGAGCUUUUACUGAAAAUCUCACACCUCACUGUUUCACUCACUGCCUUGGAGUUGCACCAUGAAAGUGUGUCUGGGUUGUUUUUGGGGUGGGUGUUGCACCAUGAAAGUGUGUCUGGAUUGUUUUCUGGGUGGGUGUUGCACCACGAAAGUGUCUGGGUUGUUUUUGGGCGUGUGUUGCACUAUGAGAGUGUGUCUGGGUUGUUUUUGGGUGCGUGUGUUGCACUACAAGGGUGUCUGGGUUGUUUUUGGGUGCGUGUGUUGCACUACGAGAGUGUGUCUGGGUUGGUUUUGGGUGCGUGUGUUGCACUACGAGAGUGUGUCUGGGUUGGUUUUGGGUGCGUGUUUUUACAGAUCCUCACUACACACACUGGGCCUGCUCCAUCGCUGUGUUGGUGCGCUGGUGUUUCAGUGGGGGCUCUGUACUUGGGCCAGUUCUACUCAUGACUAGUACAGCACCCUCCAGAGAUCUCACACACACACACACACACACACACUGAAUGGGCACAAUAUUGUGGGAGGAGUUAGGUGUAUAUUGCUGUAUUUUUUCAUAUUUAAUCGUAUAUUUCACACCCUUUUUAAGGAACUAAUUUUAAAUAAUUUUUUGCUGGGUUUCCAAUGACAGUUUUUUGUUUGUUGUUUGUUUUCUUUUUUUAA